AUGGAUCAGUUUAAGCAGCCUCUGGAAGGCAUUUUCCGCGAUGGUAUUCCUGCUCCCGUUCUUAGGGCCUUUGCGCCACUUUAUCAGGCUCUGCCCUCGCUUCAAGAUGCAGUGACGUCUAGCCGUGACUGCUACUACUGGCGCGCAAACCCGCUGAAGUGUGUGGAAGAAGAUGUACAAACGGUUACAUCGUUUAUGCAGGCAAGCGAGGCGUCAUUUCGUCUUUGUCCACAACAGAGCGCCACACUUCUGAAGUGUCACAUGACAGAGCCUGCCAGAGCACUCUUCUUUUGCCGCGACGAGGAGUGGGAGUGGCGGACUUGCCUGAUGGACCAAACCGGCAUCCGCUUCUGGCCCUAUGCUAACGCACCGGUUGGUGCUCCAUGGAGUAAUGGCGGACAAACAGAAGAUUUUCAUCUUGAGGAUCGCUUCUUUUAUGAGAACUUCUCAUGGUGGCGACGAAAAGCUGCGAUGCUUGCCGUGCGUCGCCGGGAGCUGGAGGUACAGGCUCAGAGAAAAAAUUGGCUGGAUGAGCAAAAGCAAAAAGAAAAGGGGAAUUUGACGCAGUCGUUAUUACCACCAAAACCAACCUUGGCACCCGUAGGGAUCAGGAUGAAUACCAGUUAG